UCCUGUUUUGACACGUUUUUAUGGCCUACGUUUGCUACAGAUACUCUGCUUCAGUAGUUGGUGUUUUUAAACAUAUUUCGUCAAAUGUAUCUCUUGUAAACACGAUAAAAAUGGAAGCAGUAGAAACAGUUCGUAAGUAUUUACGUGAUCAAAAUCGCCCGUAUAAUGCUAUUGACAUAGCUACAAACCUACAUAAGGAAUUUGGAAAGGCUGUUAUUCAAAAAGCCUUGGAUAAACUGGUCGACUUAGAUGAAGUUAUUGUGAAAGUGUAUGGCAAACAAAAAAUUUACGGCAUAAAACAAAGUGGUGAUUCCAGUCUUGAAAAUUUAAAUCAGAAAUUGAAAGACCUUGAUGCAGAGGAGCAGAAAAUUUCAGCAGAGCUGCAACUUGUUGAAAAAGAUCUGAGUAAGUGUCAAAAGAGUUUAAAAGAACUAAAAUCAGAACCAGUCACUGAAGAAAUUCGCACUGAAAUUAAAUUAUUGGCCUCUAAAAUUGAAGUGUUGAAUGCAAAGUGGGAGAAUAUAAUUGAAAAUCCUGUUAAGAUUUCGGCAAAAGAAAAAGAUGACAUUGUUAAGGAACAUGAUAAAUAUGUCAGAGAGUGGCGGAAAAGAAAAUCAACAUGUAUGCUUAUGAUAGAUACAAUUUUGGAAAACUACCCAAAAACGAAGGCAGAGUUUCUUGAAGAAGUGGGUAUUGAGACUGAUGAAGCAGUGAAAGUUUGCAUUCCAAAUUAAAGUUUAUAGUAUUGUUAUCUCUAAUUGAACAUAGUUCACUCUGCUUUUCUGAACAAGUUAAUAUUUUGUAAAGACACUUCAAUUCUUGGCUUUAAUACUGCUGAUACAUUAUCAGCUGAACAAAAAAUGUUGUUAUGUGUAUGUAUAGUGUGGACUAGAAGUCUUAUAAGCUGGGCUCUUUAGUUCUAUGAUCAUGAUUUUCUUGGAACGUACCUGCAUAACCAAACCGUAGAUGGAGCAACAUAUUCCCAAUUUGGCAUAGCCCAGUUACAUAGUAACUGUUCUAAAAACAUUUACUAUUGUAAUGAUGCUGGUGUGUGUAUUUGUCAACACAAAAAACUUAAUAAAACUUUUUUUUUGUCAAAAAGUUUCAACGAGUUCCGCUAACAGAAAUGUACAUGGUGUGUCACGGGUAGCAACUCACUUCAGUUUUUAUCAUUUUUUAAUAUACCUAAUUCUUCAUUGUGAUUCUUUGUGCUUCCUCUAGAUCAACUUUAUUUAACCCUCCAAUCCCACGGUACAUACAAUUUAUUUUGUUUCAACUUUAAUUCAAAUAAACACACACUAGCACUAAAAUUCCAAAAGUACUUUAUUCAAACACUAGAGAUAUUCCUGUGUUUACCCUGAAAACAUAAUUUCUGAAUUCCUACUGGUUUCUGAGAAAUCACCAUUUAUAACUUACAUUAUAUUGCGUGUACACCGACGUGCCCGCUGCCACUUUUUGCUUUCCUGUGUGGGUCUAUGGUUGUAUGAUUUGGAGAAAUUGAGUUCAAUCGUGAGGAUGGUUGAUUACGUUAGGUUAGCUACAUUAAAAAUACUUCAAAACAUUGCGAACAGUUGGUUUGGUUAGUACCUAUAGCUACAUUAAAAAUACUGUAAAAUAUUUUUAAUGUUUGCUUAAAAAUUAACCAAUUUUAUACGUAGCUAUCCUGACCUAAUCAACCAUUCACAUGAAUUCACAAUAUUUUUUAUGUUGUUGUACUAACCCAACCAAAUGUCCACAUUCUUUUGAAGUAUUUUUAAUUUAGCUAACCUAAUGUAAUUGACCAUUUUCUCAAUUUAACUAAAGUUCUACAAAUCAUACACACAGAUCCACACGAGAAAGUAAAAAUAGGGGCGGCUGCAUCAAUUUCUCAGAAACCAGUAGAUAUAUAGAAACAUGUUUUCAGGGUAAAUAUAGGAAUGUCUCUAGUGUCCAAAAUAAGUAUUUUAGGGAUUUUAUUAUUUUAUGGAAAAGCCUACCUGUAAGAAUAUUACCCUGUGUUGACUUUUUCUUUACUUGCUUUCAUUAUUAAUUUUUUUAUGUCAUUGCGGAUUACACUCCAUUCUUUACAACAAAUAAUUUUGUUGCUUUUCCUACACUUGCAUUCUGCUCAAUUUCCGCAACAUACUAACGGUGAACAUCUUUGGUACCUACUGGUAGAGUACACAAAGGGAUAGUGCUACCCCCACCAAUAUGGUUCUCUUCCUCUACUUCCCCCAGCAUCCUGCUUACACUUUACUCUCUUCACUGCCACACUAAUGGAUUACAAUACUUCUGGCCCAUGGAAUUCUUUAUAUUUAAAGUAGAUUGUGCCUUAAUCAUUUUGGUUUUAAUAAUUAUUGCUCAGGGAAUUGUAUUGAUAGUUUCUUUCUUCUAGUUUGUGUUUUUCUGUGAUAGAUGGCUUGCUAUAAAUUUACACUCACUGAGAUUUUUCAAUUGUUUGUCCACAGUGUUGGGUAAACUUGUUAAGUGAACUGUAAAGCUAAGAUACACAAGGGCCAUUCCACACCAAAUCAACCAAUGGUCAAAACAUGAUUUCUUCAGAUAAAAAAUAAAAAGUUAGAAUUUUUUAUCACCUUUAGGUUUUGAGUUAUAAAUUUUUGAAGAGUUAAAAAACUCUAGUUUAUAGGAACAUUUUGAUAUAUUUAAAAGCAUGUAACUAAAACUGUUUGUCCUAGAAAGCUCACAUUUGUACCAUUCUACUUAGAAUGACAAGGGCUUUAAUUUGACAUAUAACUUGAGUGUAUCAUAUCACUUUAUAUUUCAUGCCAAACCUCCCUUAGUAAGUUAUACAAAGUUUUGUGAUGGUAUUCCAAUGGUAUCAUAUUGGAAUGAUUUUGUAUGUAAAUUAAUGCAUAUGGAAAUUCUGUUAAUUUGUUACCUGUUAGCCUAAAUAAAAAUUCAUCUUUUAAACAA